AUGUCGCCCCUCCGUUCAGAUUUAUUCGGCGAGAAAAUUCCAUGGUCGGAGCCCGCUUGGUACAAUGCACUUGAGAGCCCCUACUACAACAAAAGCCAUAGGGCCCUGCGACAGUACAUUAGAGACUAUAUCGAGACUCACGUUCUGCCUUUUGCUGAAGAAUGGGAAGAUCAGGGGCAGGUGCCUUUGGAAGAGACGGUGAAAUUCGCAAAGGCAGGCUUAGCAUUUCCUGAGAUCCCAAAAGACUAUAGGUCAGGAAGUUCGCUGCCUGGUGGAGUUCGAGACGAUGGUGGAUCUGAUCUCGCCAAUCUUCGAACGACGGCGACCAAGUCACAAGACGGGAAACACUACAUCGUGAAUGGCCAUAAGAAAUGGAUCACUGGAGCUCUUACCGCUACCCAUAUGACCACUGCCGUGAGGACCGGCGGCCCUGGAGCUGGUGGCAUUUCGGUUCUGGUCAUUCCCACCUCCUCUAUGGGCUUUUCCGCCAGAAAAAUCCACAAUAGUGGUACUAACGCCGGAGGUAGCGCCUGGGUGGAUCUGGAGAAUGUACUCGUGCCCGUCGAUAAUCUCAUCGGGCCGGAGAACCAAGGAUUCCCUAUCCUCAUGUCCAAUUUCAACACGGAGCGCUUUAUAAUGGCGGUCAAAAUGAACCGCCUCGCCCGCCAGUGCCUUUCUACCGCUCUAGAAUAUUCAUACAAUCGUGAGACAUUCGGCAAGCCCCUCGUGUCACACCAGAUCAUUCGGCAUAAAUUCACACAUUUAGCACGCUACAUCGAGUCACAUUGGGCAUGGAUCGAGCAGAUAGCCUACCAUAUCAAAGUGAGCGGCUGGAACAGCGACGUUGCCAGCCGCAUUGCCUUAGCCAAGGUCCACGGUGGGACGUUGCUCGAGAUAGCCUGCCGUGAGGCCCAACAAGUCCUUGGCGGUGCCGGCUACCAACGCGGCGGUGUGGGCGGCACUGUGGAACAAAUAAGUCGAGAUUUGCGCAUGCUGGUUGUUGGGGGUGGGAGCGAAGAAAUCCUGUCAGAUCUAGCAUUCCGCCAGGAGGUCUCGGCUGCUAAGAAGCGGGGCUCAAUGCUAUGA